UCUCUCAUCAGGCCAGCACCAUGCCGAUUGGGGCCUUUCAUGCUCUUCGGCGCUUAGCUGUUCGUCGAGCGCCUUAAUACGGCCCCGGCUUCGUGCCCUCUCCCGUUUUUAAGUCAGGCCCUGCGAGAAGGGAGUACAUGUGACCGAGAAAGCUUCCGGGCGGGGAAAAAAAAACCCUCUGCACGGCUUUACCAGUCGGCGCUUUUCCACCCACCGUUGGACCUCAAGAAGAGGAAGGAGGACCCUCUGACGUCUUAGUCUGCUGCCAUCCGAGUAGGACGGCUGAGGUCCCCGCGAACUGCUUGCACGUGGCUUCUUGAUGACAACUUAGAAAGUGGCUGUAGGAGCAAUAGAGCGGCUAUGAAGAGGCCUAACAUUUUACUCACAGGGACACCUGGUGUUGGGAAAACUACACUAGCCAAAGAGAUAGCUCUGAGAACAGAUUUAACAUACAUUAAUGUGGGGGAUAUGGCUAAAGAAGGGGAACUGUAUGAAGGUUUUGAUGAAGAAUAUGAAUGCCCAAUAUUAGAUGAAGACAGAGUUAUUGAUGAAAUGGAAGAUAAGAUGAAAGAUGGAGGUGUCAUAGUUGAUUAUCACAGCUGUGACUUCUUUCCUGAACGCUGGUUUAACAUAGUAUUUGUGCUUCGCACGGAAAACUCAUUUUUGUACAACAGAUUGGAAAACAGAGGUUACAAAGGAAAAAAACUUCAAGACAAUAUUCAGUGUGAAAUUUUUCAGACAAUUUAUGAAGAAGCCAUGUCAUCCUAUAAAGAAGAAAUUGUACAUCAGUUGCCUAGUAAUACUCCAGAAGAUAUGGAGCAGAAUUUAGAUCAAAUUCUACAGUGGAUUGAACAGUGGAUAAAAGACAAUAACUGAUUUUUGAAAAAUCAUAUUUACAGUGAUAAAUAGAAGUUGUAUUUUCAUUCAUUGAAGAAACAAUAAUUCCUUCAUGCAAGGUGAAAAUUAACAAGGCCACUGAAUUUUCUAUUUUAUGCUGUGUUCUUUAGAGUCUAUGAAAGAAAGUGUCAGACAUUAAGAGGUUAAGAUUUAAAAAUCUGAACUUGAGUAUCCAAAAUUCAAUAAUAAAAAUAUUUGAAAAGAUGAAAAAUAAUAGUUCCCUAGUUAAUAUGGCUGCCAAAACCUUAUUCCUGUACAAAGUUUUAUUAUGCAGUGGCUCUUCUGUGAUUCAUUUCUAAAUAUGGGACCAUGUAAUUUAAUAUAUUAACAUAAUUUUAGUUAUUAAUUUAUUAGCAUGCUGUAAAUAUGCAGGAAAAUUUGUAUCUUAUGUUUCGUUAUUUAUAUGAUUUGCUGUUUAAUUAAACUUUUUUGCUCAGCUUUUGUUCAGUUUAAAAGGCAUCCUCAACCCCAGAUUCAUGAAGUCAUCCCUCUCUGAAUAAAUGCUGAUGGCAUUUUAAGUAGAUAGUAAAUAGGUUACAUGUGGCCAUAACUGCAGUGAUCCAAGAAGUGUCUGAUGCUAUUGCUUGCAUCAUAUUUUUCUAUUCUCUGCGCUAGAAAUGUUCAUAAUAAAUAUUACCAGAAUUUAUUAUCCUAAUUUUUUCUAAAUAUU